AUGAAGCCCGCUCUUUUUCUCCUCGGCCUCGCCAGCCUCACCAACCUCGCCACAGCCCGCACUGACCUGGAAGGCUGCGUCUCCUCAGAAGUCAUAUUCGACCACUACUACGCCAGCUACCUCUGGUACGUCCCAGACAGCGGCGAAAUCUGCUCAAUCCUCGACUGCGGCGGCGGCCGCGCUCCCCCAAAGACCACCCAACCAGGAUGUCCACAAUACACCGGAACAGCAACCCUUACUCCCGACUAUCUGGAGGGCUGGGGUCCCAACGGCAAACAGGCUGCCUCAACAUCCACCGUGGCAUCGACUGCUUCGUCAACGGAUAUUGUGCUCACGUCCGCCACGCACACUUCUGAGGCGUCGGGCUCGUCUUCCACAUCUUCUGCUCAGGCUAAUAGCAUGAUUACCGACUCUCCUUCCAGUCUUAGCGCAAUCGCGACUUCUUUGAAGAUUUCCACUUCGGAUGAGGCUUCUACUUCGGCUUCUGUGACUAGCUCGUCUACUUUCAAUGCUGCUGCUACUCCUGCCUCUAAUUUGGUUGGUGUUGUGGGUGUGAUGGCUGCUGUGGUUGGGGCUAUGGUGCUGUAA